CUUAAUGGUUUAAAAUUUUAGAUAAAAUUUUUGCUUCUUCUUGGGAGCUUCAACAGCUGCAAACAGAAAUAGAGGGGGAAGCUCACAUGAUGCAGAUCUUAAAAGCUAAAAACGACAAAUGUUUGGAUUCUAACAAAGCCAGGACACGAAACAGGAAAGAGAUGAGGAAGAGUAGAAAAACGAUUGACAAAUGUGUGGCACUCUUAUUCUCAAAAUUCAAGGUUGUCGUUACCGAAAAGGAAAUAGAAUCCGGCAUGUUUUCGUGGAACCUAAACGGUUCAAAUACCGUAGCCGAAGACUAUGAUCUCAUUGAUGAUUGGAUGCUAAGCCUGAGAUAUGCAGAAGCUAUCGAGCUCAAUAAAAACGAAAUGGCAAUGUUUAUUCGAUCGUGUGAUCGUCUUGUUGAUGGGCUAGAUGGUCAGAUCCAGCAAAGGAAGAUCGACAGAGAGAAAAUGUACGCGCCAGAAUCGCUCCUGUCCGUGAGUCUCGACCUGCUUCAACGCCUGGAAAUUUCCCGUCUGCUUAAAACCAUAAACGACGCCACCGAUCUCUUUGAAAAAGUGGUAGACGGUUUCACGUACGAAGACGAAGGUUUUUUAGAUCGUGUCGAAGAAGGUGAAGCGGAAGAACUUUUAUUUGAUGCUGGAGAUGAUGACGACUCCAAUUCAACCAGCGAUAUAGAUGAUUCUGACUUAUCAUCGGAGGAAGAACAGGAUUCAGAGGAUGCUGAUUGUUGAUGAUUGCUGAUGAGAAAAAUGUAGAUUUCAUCAGAUUUAUUCAUCCAUCAAAAGUAUAUCAGAGACUAGUUAAUAAUUAUCUGAUUGUAUGGAUGAAUGUCAUUUUUAAUUUACAAAUACAAUGCAUUGUUUU